GGUACAAACGAUAAGUCUAGUGAAAGAGCGAUCGAUAGUAUGGCUUCUGGAGACGAAUCUACUGCGAAAGAAAAGAAAGAAACCAAAGCUGAUGAGGAAGUGAAAGACGAGAAGACUGAAAAUGCAGUUGUAGCAGCUCCUCAGAAAUACUCAAAACACCCACUUCAGAACAAAUGGAGUUUCUGGUUUUUCAAAAAUGAUAAGACAAAAAGUUGGACYGAUAACCUGAGAAUAGUCACUUCAUUUGAUACUGUAGAGGAUUUCUGGGCGGUAUUUAAUCACAUACAAUCUGCAAGCAAAUUAUCAUCAGGGUGCGAUUACUCGUUAUUCAAGGAUGGUAUUGAACCAAUGUGGGAAGAUGCUAGGAAUAAGAAUGGUGGAAGAUGGUUGUUAAAUACAACUAAACAUCAAAGAGCAGCAGAUCUUGAUAGAUUCUGGCUGGAAACACUUCUAUUACUUAUUGGCGAAGCAUUUCAAGAAUAUUCUGAUAAUGUGAAUGGUGCUGUUAUACAAAUCCGUAACAAAGGAGAUAAACUUGCAAUAUGGACUGACAAUGCUAAAGACCAGGAAGGCGCAACCAGAAUAGGACAAAUCUUCAAAGAAAGAGUUGGUCUACCACCAAGAGUACACAUAGGAUAUCAGGCUCAUAAUGACACUAUGAGUAAAACAGGCUCCACAACCAAGUCACUCUUCUCCUUAUAAUACAGACAUAAUCCAAAGGUGUCAAUAUUUUAUAAAGACUAGGAGGUAUUCUAUUUAAUAUUUCUGAUAUGGACUUGUUUACUCGCUUAGCGAGAAUGCUAGUGAUGGUAUUCACAUGUAGCCAUUUCAGAUAAAGGUUGUUAGAGAUAUUGGAGAAAAUAGGAUCAACGGUUAUUGUAUGUGUUAAUUAUUAGUGGAAAAAUUUGCUACUUGAGGCUUCCAAUAUUGUAAUUUCCACUUGUUGAAGAUCWUCAAUGUCAGGUUGAUCAUGUUUUUCAUGCAGGAAAAUGCAUAAAAGAAAAUUAUUUUGGAGAUUAAUCAUAAUGUUCACCCAUUUAAGACAGCUAACACUCUUGUUUCCACUUCAUAAAGAUCUUCUGUGACAAUUUUCUUUUUUUUUGUUUCUCAAUCAAAUGAAUGAAUAUAUAUAGGCCAUAAAAUAGUGAAUACAUUUGCCAUUAUCUCUGACAAUCUUAUGUGAAAUAGCAGUAUGGUCAUGUAUCAAAUAACAUAUACUCAAUAGAACAUUGUAAGAUUCAUAGUCAUGGAGCAUAGAAGCUGAGACCAAAAAGGCUCAUUGGACAUAAUGAAGGCAUCCUUUACGAUUCCCUGCACCAUCUUGAAAGGUUGUUAAAGGGACACUGUCAAUGGAUGACAUGAGCAGUAACAGUCUCACCUCUAA